UGUCCUCAAAGCGUUUUCAACAUUUGCAUCGGCUCUGUCGAUUAGAAAUACAAGCUGACACUCGAGACAAAUUAUAGCCCUGAUUCUGUUAAGCCCGCCAGAACCUCCGUAGGGAAGUUGCAAGUAGUACACACCAUGGCGCCCCCCAUGCUCCACCCUUCCAACCUUCGGCUGAACGCCGCUCUUCUCUCUCCCGAAGAGUCCAUGAAUCUGGCCGACCGCCAAGCGAGCCAAGACGAGCUGAGUUUCUUGCAGGCGAUUCACGAUCUUUACGCAGUGACGCCAACCCCACCGCUGUCAAACCGGCUGUUUUCCAGCGAGGUGAUCUUCACUUUGCCCUCUGGAUCUGUUGCUGUUGGCACCACCGAGAUUCAGUCGACGUUCAACAACACCUUCUCUGCCCACCCGUCACGCCAAGUCCUGCGACAGCGCCUGCUUCACACGCCAGACACGCUCGCGGGCAAGGAGAAUGCACGCACCAAGUUCGUCGUUGUCGAUCAAGAGCUGGCAUUUUUUGAUGAGGCUGCCAUUCAGGAAAGCAUGCGCUCGGUAGACGAAGAGAUGGAGAUGGAAGUGCAGCCAAAGAGGGUCGUAAGGAGCCUCAUUGUUGCUCGGAUUGAGGACGGACUGGUGGCCAGCAUCAGCGAAGAGGAGGACCACAAGAAGAGCACCGCACCUCUGGCGGCAAGACGAGCCGCCGCGUCGAACAGCUUCUACUCUCCCAGCGACAACGUUCUCUCUCCCACGAGCUCAAAGCUGAAGCUUGUGAAGCAAAAGCACCAGCUCAAGGUCAAGCCGGUGUCUCUCUUCGGCAAGCCGCAGCUGCCAUCAGGUCUUCAAAAACGCUUGGCCGAAUCAACUCAAGCUUUUUCUCCAGCUCAACAGCAGCCUCGAUCCGGUCUGAGUCAGCAGAUGGCUGCCGGUGACAUGAGUCUGUGAACGAGACCUUGAUCUUUGUGUACUUGUUCCUUAGUUCCUCCACUUGCGACGGUGUCGUCACCACGCCGUCAUCUCGGUUAUGCGGAAUGGGCCAGCGCCACGGGUCCCACGCUCGAUGCAUUACACCUUGGCUGCUUACUUCCGAGGCGUGAGCUUUUAUUCCAUUGUACUCUAUUUCCCAUUUAUCAUCAGG